AGGGAGGGAGGGAGAGAGAGAUGGGUUCCCAAAGGUCAACAGAGAAGCCAAGCCCUCCUCAUGCAGUGUGUAUUCCUUUCCCAGCACAAGGCCACAUAAACCCAAUGCUAAAACUAGCAAAGCUACUCAACCACAAGGGCUUCCACAUCACCUUCAUCAACACCGAAUUCAACCACCGUCACCUCCUCAAAUCCCGGGGCCCCAACUCCCUCGCCGGCACCCCCUCCUUCCGCUUUGAAACCAUCCCCGAUGGCCUCCCUUCCACCGACAACGCCCCUGACGCCACCCAAGAUGUUCCCUCCCUCUGUGACUCCACCAGAAAGAACUGCUUAGUUCCUUUCAGAGACCUAAUUGCUAAAAUCAACCACACGGCUUCCUCGAAAGUGCCUCCGGUGAGUUGCAUAGUUUCUGAUGGAAUCAUGAGCUUCACUGUGUUGGUUGCUCAAGAAUUGGGAAUCCCAGAUGUUCUUUUCUGGACGACAAGUGCUUGUGGCUUCAUGGGUUAUGUACAAUAUCGUCAACUGAUUGAAAAAGAUCUUACACCACUCAAAGGUAUUACAUUUUCUAAACAGUAUGAAUCUAUAGUUAAAUUAAACAAUACAAAUCCAUAAUCAAUCGUCCCCCGAUUGAAAAAAAUCUUACACCACUCAAAGGUAUUACAUUAUCUAAACGGUUUAAACAGUACAAAUCAUAAUUAAUUUGAGUGGAUGAUACUGUCAAAACCACUAAUAGUGGCUGAGUAGUUUUUAUUUGAUUUUAAUCCAUUUAUAUUUUGUGGGUGUU